AUGUUCUACUACCCCAAUGUCCUGCAGCGCCAUACAGGCCGCUUUGCUACCAUCUGGCUGGCAGCCACGGGUGGCACCAAGCUGGUGAAGAGGGAAUAUUUGAAAGUGAAUGUGCCCCAAACAUGCGAAGAAAUCCUGUCCUACAUUCUGGUGCAGGCCCCACCGCCCACGCCCUCUGCCCCCCGGCCCCGCUUCUCCCUCUAUCUCUCUGCCCAGCUGCAGUAUGGGGUGGUGCGGGUCUACAGCCGACAGUGCCACUACCUCAUCGAGGAGAUCCAGCACACCUUGGAGCGCCUGAGCAGGGCCCAGCAGCAGAUCCGCAUCGACAUGGGGGACCUUGAACAGCCGGGGCUGCUGCUCCCCGACAACCUGUUAUUGAUGGAGGUCCUAGAGGAUGCGCCCGACCCCUUCUUCGGGGUGAUGGAGCCGCCGCUGCCCAGCCCCACUGACAUCCCACAGGUGCCCCCCGUGCUCCCGCUGCCCAGCCCCACUGACAUUCCACAGGUGCCUCCCCGUGCCCCCCCGUGCUCCGCCUACCCAGCCCCAUUGACAUCCCACCGAUUCGAUGUAUUCUGGAGGCUCCCACCCCCCCAGAGAGACCAGCCCCAUCCCCCCGGCGCAGGAGGGCAGGGCGAGCGCGACCUCCCGGAGAUCACGGCACGCGAGAUCGACCUGCUGGCCGAGCAGGAGGACUUCGUCUUGCCCCCCGCCUCACCCCGCACCCCCCCCAGGAGACGCCCCAUGGAAGGUGGGGGACCACAGGGAUCCUGGGGGGCUGGGGAGGGGGGGCAAGGGGCUCAUCCCGCCACCCCAGCCCCAUCUCACGCCUCCUUCUCCCCUCCAGAGCUGGAAGAGGAGAUGAGAGCCCGGGAGGCCGAGAUCACGGCCAGACUGUCACCCCCAACCCGGGUGGGUGAGGAGCCCCCAGCUGAGGUGGAGACCCCCAUCCUGCCCGAGGAGCUGGCUCGGCUGCCGAAGGAGGAGCUACCCCCACCCCCCGAGCUGAGCCCCCCGAGGGAGCCAGGACUGCCGCCCCCUCCCCCAUCCCCAGCUGUGACCCCCAGGGUGACGCGCCCCCCAAGCAGCCCGAAGCUGGAGCUGGCUGUGUACGAACCGGCCCCACCGCGCACCCCCCGGCGCCAGCUCCGCUUCCUGGACGAGGUGACCCAGAUCCCACGGGACCAGUUCAAGAAACAGAUCCUGGAUGUGCGGGCCCAGUGCCGGCCCCUGGUGGUGGUGGAGGUGCCAGCCCGGCAGCGCCAGACCCCAGCGGAGCUGCUAAGAGCCCCCACAUAUGGCUGGCUGCCCCCUGAGCUGCUUGCCCUGUGGCAGCGCUGCGCCAUCCUGCAGCCUGUGGACUACGCGGCGCUCUGGGCCGAGGAGGAGAGAAAAGAAGAGCCAAUCAGCGAACUGGAGGUUGCACGUGAGGCCCUAGAGCCCAGCAUCCCUGUGAUGGUCUCCUCAGAGAUCUCCCUGGAGACCACUGAGGAGGAGGUGCCACGCCCCAGCCUGGUGACCCCCGAGGAGAGAAGGCUGGUGCCGGAGCCCGAGGAGGCCCUGCCAAUCGUCCCCGAGCUGCCUGAAGUCAGCCUGGAGCUGCCCCCUGACAGAGACUUGAUCACACUGGAGUACAUCCGCAGGCUGGUGGCCGCAGAGCUGGAGCAGGUCGGGGAGACAGAUUUCCGGUCCCUGGUGCCCACCACGACCUCACGCAGCAUUGCCAGCCGCAUCUUCUACCUCUGCCUCGUUCUCUGUGGGCUCCAGUUCCUGCAGUUGGACCAGGCAGAGCCCUACGGGCCGAUUCUCCUCAAACGUGGGGCCCGAUUCCGCUCGGGCUAG